AUGGGCUGCUUCUCCAGCCGCGUCGAGGCCCCGACCGAGGAGCCGCUCGGCCCUCCCGCCGUCGAACUCGACGCCCCGACGCCCGCCGACACCGCCGCGCCAACGCAGCCGGCCGACGCCCUCCCCUCCGCCACCGAUCUCGGCGUGAGCGAGGAGAAGCUGGAGCUGUGGCGGGAGCACGGCGGUGGCGACCUCGAGCCGGUCCUCGCGAGCGGCGCCGUCGCCGUCCUCGACGCGCAGUGGGUCAUCAGCCACGCCGAGGCGGGCGGCGUCCUCACCCACCGUCAGGCGCUGCCCAAAGAGGCCUUCCUCUCUUUCGCCGACCUCGUCGAGGCGACCGGCAAGGAGGCCUACCUUCCCGUCGCCGCGCUCUCCUACCCGUGGCUGACCAAGGACCACCCCGACCCGCUCGGAGCCAACCUCGCCCGCGUCGCAAGGGCGCUGAAGGCCCUGCUCCGUCACCCCUACAUCACGCGGCUCGGCAUCUUUUGGGACUUCGGCUCGCUGCACCAGCACCCCGACCCCCCCAACGGCGUCCUGCGCACCGAGGAGCAGAACGCGCUCUUCAAGGAGGGUUUGGGCUGCCUCGGCACGCUCUACUCCCACAAGUACACUUGGGUGCUGCGGCUGACCUCCUUCCCGGACGGCCACAAGGCGGAGGAGCAGGCCGAGGGCACCAACGUGGCCAAGUACUUUGACCGCGGCUGGUGCUACACGGAGCAGUGCUGGGCUGGCCUGACAAAGGCCGGCGCCCUCUCGCUCGACCUCGGCAAGAUGCGCGCCGGCAAGGAGUACGACUGGGACAGCCUCAUCGACGACUGCACCCAGGACGGCGGCCGGCGCCCUCCGCUGCUGCCGUCUGCGUUCGCGGCGGAGCUGGAGAAGAAGAGCUUCACCAACGGCAAGGACGACAAGCCGCUGGUGAAGCGGCUGUACGAGGCCGCCUUCAAGGAGCAGUUUGGCAAGGCGACCGUGCUGAACUACUUCGGCCUCGGCUGGGGCGACGCGGAGGCGGCGCAGCUGGCGGAGGUCCUCGCGAGCGGGGCAGCGCCGCGGCUCGAGGAGCUCGAUCUCGCCCCCAACAAGAUUGGCGACGAGGGCUGCAAGGCGCUGGCCGCCGCCCUCGGCAAGGAGGGGGCAGCGCCGCGGCUCGAGAAGCUCUCUCUCAACGGCAACCAGAUUGGCGACGAGGGCUGCAAGGCGCUGGCCGCCGCCCUCAAGGAGGGGGCCGCCCCGAGCUUGGCGCGGGUUCCUGCGGGACCGCCGCGCGAGCACGGCAGAGAGAACAGCAGCUGCGGCUGCGGAGCAUGA